UUUCAUAACGAUUGCAUUUGUGGAAAGGAUUAGGACAUUAUUAGGUCUCUUUUAAGAGGGAUCACAUGAAAGCUUUUUCUACAUGGACAUAUAUCCAUUUAGUGAAUUUUCUUAUAUCUUUGGUUAGAUAUGGAAGACAGACAUCAUAAUACUGGGAAACUUCAAUAAUGUGAUAGAGUAUGGAUUCAUAUGCAUUUGAAUACCAAGAUGUAUACUAUUGGGUUUUUAAUGAUAUACUGACCCUCCAUUGAAGAUUAGUGUAAAGGCAGAGAGUAUUCUAAGUACACACCGAGCAAUAAAGAGCCUCACAGAAUACUGGUAUCGAACCAUAGCACAUGUAUGUGUACAUGUAUGGACACACAACCGUUUUGCACUUGACAAGAGUGUACAUUUAUCUUCACCCACACAAAUAUACAGAUGUAUGCACUGUUUACACUGAGUCAAGAAUUUGAGGAAUUUGUCAUCACCUACCCAAAUUUCGUGCCCUUGGGGGAUUGACUAUAUUCCCCCAAUACUCCUGACCUCAGGACUAUGAUGUUGCCCAAAUGCAGGUGAUCUGAGUCACCAUUGUAAUCGCCAUGGAGAUGGAUACUAAUCACACUACACAAUGCCCAUCCUGCCAUCAGUCUUACGACAAGAGCAAGAAGCGCAAGCUGACAGAUGCCUGUGGACACUCCCGAUGCUACACUUGCAUGUUUGCAACCGAGUCCUGUCCCGUCUGUCAACAUCUAAAUGGAAAGGCAAGACAAAUUGUACCUAAGGAGGAGGAACGUCCACCCACCCCGCCCCCAAAGCCCAAGGAUCUCCCGCAAAGGUCAUCGUCUACUUCAAGUGCAAGUGACAUUAAAGGUGUGAAUGGGGGCUCUGUUGAGGAGUUUCCUGAUAUCAAGCCCCCUCCUGCCUUUCCUCCAGCCCCAGCUGCGGGUUUGAAAGGGGUCGAGACAUCGAGUGUAGCCUCAAUGCCAGUUUCAACCACUGGAAGUCAACGUGGCAAACGUUUCUUUGAGGAUCCUCAUGUAAACACACCUCCUAUACCAUCAUACCCCAUCCAUAAGCAAGAUACCGGUAGACCAGAUCUACCCUUGAGCAAGUCAUGUGAUGGCCCUCCCCCCAAACUCUUCGUUCCUCCUCCUCCUCCUCCUGCAGCUGUCCCACCCUCUUCUGUUCCCGCCUCCAACAUUGGAACCGAUUCCGACUACGAGGACAUCCCGGAGAAUGCCAGCCUCUGUGACUCAUGUCAUGGAGACACCAGCACCCCUCCACCAGCUCCUUCUGAGGCUGCAGAAGCUCUUAUCAACAGACUGGGGUUCCUCUUCAGCCAAGGCCCUCGGACAGGACCACCACCCCCUCCUACCGGUCCCGAGCCUCCAGAGCUUCCCCCUCCCAGACAACCCCAGCCCCCCAGGAAUGUGCUUCCAGACCCCAACCAAGAAAACAUUAAUCCAUCCCUUAGACCUGGUGUGACCGCAGAGGGGGAUGCUCACAAGGCAAAGAUGAUGCAGGGCAAGGACAUGGCACAUGGCGUUACCCAACCGCAGCAAAAUAGACAUCCAAUGCUGGGAGGAAUGGUAGUCAUACCAGGACAUCCUGGAAGAACUCAAGAUGGUGAUGGGGAACCUCUUUCAAAGGUCCCUCGUCAUCCUAACGAUAACCAGAUCAGCUAUAAUCAGCAGCCGCCUCAGCCUGGCUUUAACCAGACAGGACGCGGGAGUGGACGUGGGGGAAAUCCACCUGCGGGUUUCAAUCAUAGUAGGAAAGGCAGUGGUAGGGGGAAGAAUCCUCAGACUGGUUUUACUCAAACCGGUAGGGGGAGUGGGAGGGGAUCUGAGCGGAAAGGUUCUGGAGCAGGAUUGAAUGAAGGAACUGCUGCUGUUAGUGGAAAACAUAUACAACAAAUGACUAAUGUACCAUCUCAGGGAGCACCACAGGUGCCAAUGCAACAAGUACCACAUACAAGAAACCAAAUACAGAUACAGCAACUACAACAGCAGCAGCAAAUGCAUCAAAUGCACAUGCAACAACAGCAGUAUCAGCUGAAAAUGCAGCAAACUCAUCAACAAAUGUACCUCCAGCAGAAGCAGCAAAUGCAGCAGCUUCAACAGCAUCAUCAAAUGCAUCAUAUGCAGCAGAAUGUAUGGCAGCAACAGCAGAGAUUCAAUCAGCAACAACAACAACAGCAGCAGCAACAACAUCAGCAGCCACAACAGGCUCAUGGGAAUGGAGUUGUUCAGGGCAAAACUCAAACGGUGACGGACCAAAGAUUUGCAACCGUGCAAUCGAUACCGACCAAUGCAUCGCGGAAGAACAGGGCCGACCCACAGCAGCAGCACUCUGAACCACCACCAUUGCCAGGAAUGCAAGAUAGAGUAGGAAAGCUUCCUUCAGACAAUCCUUCUCAAAGGCCACAAGAACAGAAGUCUGGUACUGGCUAUGCCAAUGGUACAAACCACAACAGAACUGGCCUGGUUGCAGGCGUGCGUGCCAGUACAUUAGAGUCCCGCAGCAAGCAGAACAACAGAGGCCAAGCACCGAAGACAGGUUCUCAGGGUCGUCCUGCCAGCUAUCAGAGCCCAGGUAACGAAGGAGGCCCUAGCCUGGAGAACAGACUCCAACAGUUACUAGAGGGUGGUGUGAAAGGUAGACCUGGUGAAGCAGUCACCAAUGGCAACACUGCACCAAACAUGCAGAAACCUUUUAUGGGCGGACCCAAUGACUCUAAUGGAAGAAGUACAAACAAUGUGAACAAGCCUGUGUCAAGUCAUAUGCGCCAACAGAGCGUGGACAUGAUCAAGCCAAAGAUGGCCCACCCUAGAAAGAUCUUGAACACUAGUCAUCAGCGUGGAGCUUCCCUUGAUUCCUCUGCCAAUGAUACUAGUAAUAUUUCCUUCAAUAGUACUACAUCUUCAGUAGGAGAUACAUCGUUCACGAGCGUGUCCUCUAUGGAAGGUUAUGACAUGUCAUCUAUGCAGGCCCCACCAACUCCUACAAGUCCAAGGGAUGUGAUGGCCAACAUAGAAGGCAAACAGUUUAGACUAGGACAGGCACCAAGGACCAAUCCCAAGACUCAAACCAAUCCCCAUCCACGUCAAAACCUGACCAAACAAGCACAAGCCAAACUGACCACUCAACAAUCCUUACCCAAUGGUCAACUCUCAAUGGCACCCGGUGAUAAGAGGACCAAGACAACCGACAGUUCAGGUCAGGGAUCAGAGGUCAUAGGCGAAGGUGAGAGGUCGCAGGAGAGUUCAUCAGGAGAGAAGCAGGAUCCCAUUGUGGUGUCUGAGAGGGUGAAUUUCACCAAUCAAGAGGUACACCUGAGUGGGCGUGGCACUCUCGUCUCGCAGGCAAGGUUACGCUCUGCAUCAACAACCUCUGCUUCCAGCCCAGAGGCCACAGAUGACAUGUCAUUGCUUCAAGGUCGACGCACUUUCACUAGGAGGUCACUAAGAGACAAGGAGAAUGGCAAUAAGCUCAGUCCAGAUUUUAAAGCUCGCAUGCAGGCGUUAAAGCCGACGCACCUGCUCCUGCGCCCUAUGACCUUCGAGAUACCAGGCUUCAGCCAGAAGUCUGCCUUCGUCGGCAGGGAGUGGCUCUUCCCAGAGAUGGAGCGUUGCUUGGGCAAGGACCCCACCCUAGCGGCCAAGUUGAAGGGACUAGGGAUCCUGGGGGAUGUAGGCAUGGGAAAGACUUCAAUCAUCGCCAAGAUGGUGUCUCUUAGUACACUCGGUACUCUGCUUAUCAACAGCAAUAUUCAUGUCUCUGUAGCGGGUAAUUCUGAUGUGUCAAACACUACUUCUCAGAGCAACGUAUACAACAGCAGUGGUACUAUGACGAGAGCAAGGCAGCAGUCUGAACAGUCCCUCAUGUCUCUAGCUUCACAAGUAGUUGCUUUCCAUGUUUGUCAGGCUGACAACAGCAUCACCUGUCUUGUUCCGGAGUUCAUCCACAACAUGGCCGCCCAGCUCUCCCAGUGUCUCAGCGUUUAUCGUGAGAUGCUUCUCAAUGAACCCCAGCUACAGACCCACCUCACCUUGCGAGAGUGCACCCAGAACUCCAGCGAUGCCUUCAUCAAGGGGAUCCUGGAACCACUCAGUCUCCUCAAAGCUCAGGGAAAGAUACCAAUGGACAAUUGCCUCAUACUCGUCGAUGGCCUCAGUGAUGCAGAGUUUCACAAAUCCGACUAUGGGGACACCAUCGCCUCGUUCCUAGCGCGUCACAUGACCCGCUUCCCACAGUGGCUGAAGCUGGUCAUCUCUGUCCGAAGCUCGUUUGCAGAACUCACCAAGAUGAUGCCCAUCCAGAGGAUAUCUCUGGACAAGGUGUCCAACUCGGAGUUCAUCCAGAAGGAUGCAGAGCUGUACAUCAGCCACAGGUUGCAGUUGAGCAACACGUUGAGGACUAAUGUAUCCCUGAAUGGGAAAGUGGAGCAGUCCAUGAUCUCCAAGUUCAGAAGUCACCUGCAAUCGCUUAGCCGGGGCUGCUUCCUGUACCUGAAGCUGACCUUGGAUCUCAUAGAGCAAGGCUACCUUGUCAUGAAGAGUCCAAGCUACAAGGUGCUGCCCAUCAACCUCUCUGAAAUCUUCCUGCUACAGUGCAAUCUCAAGUUCCCUACCAUACGAGCCUUUGAGAGGGUCACCCCGAUCCUCAACGUUGCUCUGGCCUCACUCUAUCCACUCAGUGAUGAACUGCUCUUUCAGGGUGCCAAUGCCGGUUUGACCAAAGACUACAUGCAGUGGGAGGAGUACCAUCAGCGUCUCAAGCUGAUCUCCGAGUUCCUGUGCCCGAGACGAGAUAACUAUCGCAUGUUCUACCACCCGUCCUUCAGGGAGUGGCUCAUCAGAAGAGACGAUGGAGACCAUCCGAAGUUCCUCUGCGAUCACAGGGGUGAAACAAGUAACAAUCAAGGAGGGAGUCUCCCUACCUAUUUAUGUGACUACAGGAGUGGGCAUGCCUCCAUGGCCUUCUGGUUGAGUCGUCGAGGGCGGCGCCUAGGGCGUGACCAGUCCUUUGAGCUGGGCCAUCACAUCCUAAAAGCUCACAUCUACAAGACCGUCGGACGUCAUCUACCCGUGGGUCACUUCACGGCUCGGGAACUACAGGCUAUCUGGAUGAAGCUCAAUGCUGAAGAUCUCUCUGCUAGUCUUGUUAUGAGGAGGAACAUCUUCUUUCCUAAUAUCAAGGUUAGCCGAUUGUUACUACUAGCCGGGGCUUCCCCUAACCAGCGAACGGACGUUCUCAACUGUGCUCCCGUGCUGUGCGUGUCUUCGAGGGAGGGGCAUUCUGAGAUGGUGUCCCUGCUACUGGAGUUUGGAGCCAACGUCGAUGCCGAGUGUGACAGGGGUAUGACUGCCCUGUGUCAUGCGGCAGCAGGUGGACACCUGGAGAUUGUGAGGAUGUUAUUCAUCAAGAAAUCUAAGGUGGUCCAUACUGAUAAGAGUGGACGUUGUGCUAUGGUGCAUGCCGCUGACCACGGUCAUCUACCUGUCCUGAGCUUCCUCCUUCAAUGUGACUGGACAAAAGAUGACCGUACACAGCUGACCCAUAAAUCGGUAGCUCAGCAAGCAUUAGUCGCAGGGGCUGGAGCAGGCCAUAAAGAGGUCUGUACAUACUGCCUAGAUCUUACGGAUCCUAACUCUCCAACCACAAGCCUUCUCAGUGUGGACGAGCCCGAUACCCUUCAUGGAGACACAGCAUUGACGGCUGCCUGCAGCCAGGGUCGCACCGAGGUUGUCAAGCUCCUGCUGAAGCGUGGAGCAUCGGUCCAGAAGAGCAACCAGUCCCAGAUGACCCCUCUGAUCUGUGCGGUCAGGAAAGGCCGAUGGGAGAUAGUGGACAUCCUUCUCUUCAACCAUGCUUCGCUCGAGGACACUGACCGACAUGGACGGUCACCCCUCAUGCUUGCGGCUGGAGAAGGCCACUUGGCUGUCCUUGAGGUGCUCCUAAGUAAAGGAGCUUCAGUGCACAGCUUUGACAAGGAGGGUCUGACCGCCCUGUGCUGGGCUUGUCUGAAAGGCCACAUCAACAUCGUCAAGUCGCUCCUAGAGAGAGGGUCAGCCAUUGACCAUGACGACAAGAAUGGACGAACUCCCCUUGAUCUGGCCGCUUUCUUUGGAGAUCCACAAGUGGUUCAACUGCUGGUUGAGAAAGGAGCCAACAUAGAGCACAUGGAUAACAGCGGUAUGAGACCACUGGACAGGGCUAUAGGAUGUCGGAACACCUCUGUCGUCUCUGUUCUACUCAAGAAAGGUGCUAAGCUAGGUCCAGCUUCAUGGGCCAUGGCAACCUCCAAGCCAGACAUUCUGAUUCUAUUACUCAAGAAACUCAUGGAUGACGGCAAUGCACUCUACAAGAAAGAGAAAUGGAGAGAGGCUUGUCAUAAAUACCAGUGUGCUCUCAGGAAGUUUCCUUCGGAAGGUUUUGGUGAAGACAUCCGGACCUACAAGGAACUCAAAGUCAAUCUCUUCCUUAACAUCUCAAGAUGCAAGCGAAAGCUAGAGGAUAUUACUGGUGCUAUUGAAUACUCUAGCAAAGCUCUUGAGAUCAAACCAAAGUGUUUUGAAGCAUACUACGCCAGAGCUAGGGCUAAGAGAGCAAUAAGACAAUAUGGACCAGCCCUACAGGAUUUGUUGGAAGCAGUGAAGCUAGCACCCAACAACCGGGAAGUCCGAAGACUGCUGGUGAGGGUCAAAGAAGAAUGCAAAGAAGAGACCAAAAGACAGCGGGAAGCCAAAGAAGAACGCGAGGAGAAAGAGAAGGAGAAGAAGGAGAUGACCCCAGACUCUGGCGUUGCCAAUUCACAACCAGGAAGUGCUGAACAAUCACAGGCAGAGGUUUCGGAACCUGAGGAAUCUGGACGACCUGUCACCUCGACGGCACCCUUGCAGGCUGGACGGAGUGAUCCUGCAGUGUCUAGUUCUGUCUCCUCUGUACAGAACACAAGCAGGGUACAUGACUCUAGUGGCGAUCUGUCCUCACUGGACAACAAAGGGUUAAAUAGCAAUAGUUUGAAUUCUAGUAGUAGUUCAAGCACACAGUUAGGGUCUGUGGAAUUUACCAUUGGAAACGGACAUGUGGUGCAAGGAACCGGUGUUUCGCUGAAAGAUGAGAACCUGUCGGAGAAGCAGGUGAUCACCGAAGUGCAAGAUGGACUCAAAGCAGGGGACAAACCCAUUCCUAGACGUGCUCAGACAGUCAAGAUGCCACGUCCGCCAUCCAUCGAAGUGGCGACAUCAGAGCCGGUGACGGCGGGAGUCGUGUUCUUCAACGCCGGAGCUACGGACAACUCUCUCAUCUCACCCAGCUCCGGUCAAGCCACCCACCCCCAACCCUUACUGAACAAACCAAACAACUCCGACUCCAGGGAGAGUACUCCAGAGUCGUCCACUCCUGGCUCUGGAUCCGCCUCUGGGUCUGGUGGGUCAGGGGCUCUCAACUCCCCUGUCCAUAGCUCCGUCAGGCUCCAGGAGGUCGUCCCUCACACCAUCAUGUCCAACAACCCAUCCAGUGUCCACCAAGCAGGGGUCACCCACAGUGUACUUCAGCAACCACCAGCACAACAAGCCACAAUCUUAGAAUCCAGAGGGCCUCCAUCAUCAUCAUCUAAUACUUCGUCCUCCUCCUCAUCCUCCUCCUCCUCCUCCUCCUCUGCCUCCCCCUCAUCAUCAUCGUCUCCAGGCCAGGCUCCUGCAGCUCCAGGGGCGGGAGCCGGGGCGGUUGUUGGGCGUGGUGGAGGGGGCGGGGAAGGGGGUAACGCUGUGAACGCAUCAGCCGUUCCUCCGCAGAACCCCACCCAACAACAGCUGCACCAGGAGUUCCCGCGACCCAAUACAAAGCAUACCAUAUACAUAGGCCCCACCGCAUUGUAACCAUGGCAACUAAAUGUGUAUGGUCGUAACAGUCUUACAGGAUUCAAUUCUUAAACCAUGUUCUAUCAUGAGAUGAUAAACCAUGUCACAAAUAUGGCAGGUCAAAUAAUAAUCACUUCACUGUAAAUGAAAAGCACUGUUCAUACACACAAAAUAAAUGUUGCAGGGGUUAAAAUUCAGUUGCAUACGUGUGGUUUGCAUCUCAUUUCAUGGUUAGUCUAUCACUUGAUUAUGGAAGAUAUCAAUGUUAAAUCAACUCAUUGCCAAAAAAUCACUAACAUUUGCUAGCUGCAGGGGAGAUGAACUGCAUACUGCUAAAGGUAUCAUGUUCAAAUGAAAUAAAUGAGAAAUUUUGCAUUUAUGAGCCAAGCAUGGCAAUGUAAAAGUAGAUGUAGCCAUGUGGCUGGGACAAAGAUAAUGAGCACAAUUCAGGAGCACUUUCAGAGCACUUUCCUAAUACUCCUUUUACUUCAUCAUACUCACCAAUGGGUUAAACCAUCAAAGUCAAAAUAUAUUAUAUUGUUUCAGGUACAUUUCCGAUGCAAUAUCAAUAAUAAUAAAAAAAAACAGAAAGUGGUGCUCUAUCCUGCUGUAAUCCAAAUAUUUAAUCAGAGUAAAUAAUAUCAAGCUACAGAUCAAGUGCCGGUGGAAACAAGUUUUAUGAAUGAAUAAUUGUAUCGCUCAUUCCUAUUAAAGUAUAUGGUACUUGUUCAACGCAUGGUAUAUGGGUGUAUAAAUAAAUAUUCAACCAAUUAAAUUAACACCUGCAUUGUAUUCAUGAUCCAGCAUAAAGAGUACUCUCUUUCCGUCCUCUUUUGCCUCCUGCUUUCAUAUCUCUAUGAAUUUCUUUCUUAAUCCCUGUUCAAUCUCUUCAUCUAUUGCUCAGUCCACUUUAAGAUGCGAAUGAAUUAGAUACGUGACUGUUAAAAUCCUAGAAACUAUGACUGUAUUCAUUCUCACAUUGGCAUAUCCUACUUGAAUUAGAAUAGAAAAAGGUUUCACAAUGAACUGCAUCUCACAAUCUUUCACAAUGAACUGCAUCUUUUGCACUUAAGUGAUUAUAUAAUAUAUAUCACCCAUAAUAUAUGCCCGAUUUAUCAAAAAUUGGGAUAAAAACUGUACUGUCAGUAAUAUAUAUAUAUUUUCACACUUUAGUCCAGACUUUUGCUGCAAUAUAUUUAAAAAUGGCAAAUCACUCUUUUCAGGCAGAAAUUCACUUAUUUACAAGAUGAUAUGUACAUGUAUUUAAAACUUGUUUUCAGUACUAUAUUUUUGUCUCAGUGUUUUUUCUCUUCUGUACUGUGUGGAAGUGUUUGCACCAUUCAUCAGGUUAAGUAUUUGAUUGAUAUUUUCACGUGCAUGUCUUAUGAUAUGGCUAGGUGUAGCAUGAAAAAUAUGUGCACUUUUUGAUAAAACAGUGUGGUGUGUAUUAAAGUAUGCAUUAUUUUAUUAUUCCUUCUUUAAUGUGAGGCUUUAAUAUUGCCAACUUUGUAGAGUCCAUUCACUGCACUGUACUUCAACUAUUUACAAAAUACAAAUUCACAUAUUGGUACUUAUUUCAUUGGAAUUCAAGUGAUUCAAGAUUAGUAUUCAUAUUAUUAAUUUUAUAAUAUACAAAACAAUACCCUUUGAUAUUAGUCCAUGAAUUUCAGUACAAUUUAGUAUGGAAGGUAUUUCUUACAAUAUGUACACCAUAUACUUAUAAAGUUUAAAAGCACAUGCAUUUUGAAGUGGAAGAGUGUACCAAUAUUACAUUGCAUUUUGAUAGUGAUUGCACAUAAUGGCACUGUUUAUAUAGUUCAUGUUAUGACGACUGAAAGUGUCUCGUGACCCUAGCCCUGAUAAAGAAACCACUCGGUUCUUCAGAUGCCCUGCUUCCACUGGCAAUUUACGCCAAUCUACUUAUCAAACAAUUGCCCUGUUCAAAAUUAAAAAUGAAUGGCAUUCACUAUAUUUAUUUAUCAAGAAUAUAGAUUUGAAGAGGAGUGUUUAACUGCUUCCUUGAACGUGCACUGGUAUUCCAACCUGAGCCCUGUUUCACAAAACUUGUUAUCAAUAACAAGCUACAAUAACUGUUAUAAGCUACUGAAAUGGUAGCAUCUGAUUGGCUAGAAGCAGAUUUGUCAUAGAAAUUUAGCAUAUGUUAUCGAUAUCAAGUUUUAUGAAACAGGGGGCCCAGGUUUCUUCACUUCACUGAUAUUAUUUUCUGCAUAGUUAUUUGUCAUUUAUUACCAUUAUUCCUAAAAAUUCAGAAAUAAUUUUUAUUGUUAUCUUGUGUAUUAAGAAUCAGAGAAUAAUAGUCGGGGAGAGAGUCUCUGUGCUCUAUAGUUCUCAUAGAAAAGUAAAAAUUUCACAUUGAUAAUAAUAAGGGAUUACAAAGCUUUUAAACCAAUGUAUUUUUGCAUGGCAUGGGAGAAUUUUAUGUUCUCGGUAACUGUUACCAUUUUAAGAUUUGAUACACUCCUGUAUAACACAUUCUAGUACUAGCGAGGCUCCAACAUCAAAAGAAUAUUGGUCAAGUAUUUACAACUAAGUAGAAGCAUAACAAGUGCUUAAUAUUCCGUUAUGGUCCAACUUGUCACUAUUUUAAUUAGAAUAGCAGGAAUUUACCACGCCUUUUGUGAAUAUUAAUUAUUUAAUCUAAAUUACCUGAUAUUUUUAAUCUUUUUUCUUUUAUCUAGAUAAGCCACAAUUUUAGUUAAUUUAUGUGACUGAAAAUAAAAGGAACCUCACUAUUUUUAUUAUAUUUCACCCAUUAUUUUACACAUUAUAUAAUUAUUGUCCUGUGCCUGUGAUAAUUUUCCUUGAUUCAAUGAAAUAUAGCGAUAGUAAGGCGGCAGUGUUCAUUGUGAGCAUAUAUUUGAUUUAAAUGAAUUACUGAAUUAGAAAUUUACUUAUACAGUGUAAGGGGAAGCCAAGUUAUAAUUCUUUGUUGGUGUUAAAGUGUUUUGUGAUAUGCGGAGGAAAGAAUUGAAAGAGCUUGCACAUGAUCCAUUCUUAAAAACUUAGAAACAAGAAAAGUACUUAUUCUCACAGUUAAAAGAAGUAACAGGUCUUUUUGAUAAAGAAGUCCUUAUAUUUAUAAAUGUACUCCUCUUUGGUAGCAGCUCAAGCAUUGGUAUGAUGGGAUUUUCAUUUUAAAUUUACACAUUUUAUUGUUCACAUUGAUGCAUCUUCCCGUGUAUUUAUUAUGGCAUUUGAACAUAUUUAUGAUCAAUGUCAUAUGAUGAAAUUCAUUUUUCUUUUAUCUUUAUUGUAUUUUGAGCCAAAGAGGAGAGAGAACAAUGAUUAUUUGAUUAAAUUGAUUUAUGUAGCAGCUAUAAAUUUUAUUUUCUGCACCAGGAUUUUCUUAGGAUGAUUGUAUAUUUCUGAUAUUCGUGCUGGUGUGUACAUGAUGGCAUACAGCUGCACUGGAUACAUAGGUAUUUGUGUAAUUAAUGAAUGGUAUAUGAAUUUGUUUAGAAGAUAAUAAUUGCUGUAUGAAUUUUCACAUACAGAUUUUUUUGAACUGGUCAAUGUUGACUGGCAUUUGUAUAUUAAAGGAUGUGUACAAAAAUAAACUGGCUAAAAUAUAAGCGUAACUUA